AUGUUCACCGUCAAGCAGACCAAACUCAUUCGGCCACCAUUCAACCGCAGUGCCGACGAACCUCGACCAGCCAAUCUCGUCCAUGUCUAUCUCGUCACGGCGUUCGUCUCCAUCGGUGCCCUUCUCUUUGGCUAUGAUCAAGGUGUCAUGGGCGUGAUAGUGGCCGAUGAGCGAUGGAUCGACCUUAUGAAGCCGGCAAAUUCCUGGGUCACUGGUGCCGUCGUUUCCUUGUACGAUGUUGGCUGCUUUGUCGGCGCCAUGAGUAUUGGAUAUCUCGCCGACCACUAUGGAAGAGAACGAACGCUCUCCAUAGCCAGCGUGGUCUUCAUCGUCGGUGCCCUCAUUCAAUCCGCUUCGUAUGAUGUCCCCACCAUCGCCGUGGGUCGCAUCAUCCUGGGAUAUGGUGUGGGUGCUUGUGCGGCCGGUGUGCCACUGUAUGUAUCCGAGAUUGCCCCGGCGCAACUCCGUGGGAGAAUCAUCGGCAUCGAGCAGAUGAUCCUGUGUUUAGGGGAACUCAUUGCAUUCUGGCUCGAUUAUGGCUUCGCAUACCUGAAGACUCCAGACUGGUGGCGGAUUCCUCUGGCCAUCCAAAUUGUCCCGGCGGCCAUUCUCGCCAUUGGUUGUUGGGUAUGGGUGCCACCGAGUCCACGGUGGUUGGUGCAGCAAGAUCGACACGCCUGUGCACGAGAAGUUCUGGCUCGAUUUCAUGGAGAUCAAGUAGCUGAACAGGAAAUGCAGGAAAUUGCCGACAAUGUCGCGCUCGAGAAAGCCGUCACGAUGGCGUCGUGGGGAGAUAUGUUCCGCUGGCCCGUCCUCCGGGUGACCCUGCUGGGGACAGGCGUCCAAUUCUUUCAACAGAUUACCGGGACCAACUCGAUUUUAUAUUACACGCCUGCUCUAUACGAGAGGGGAGGGAUCGACAGCGCGCACACUCGUAACCUCGCCACAGGAGGGGUGGGGAUUGUACUUUUUAUCUUCGCGUGGAUUCCCAUUUAUGCCUUCGACAGGCUGGGUCGCAAAACCUGGCUCCAGAUCGGGGUGAUUGGCAUGAUGUGUGCCAUGAUUGGAAUAACAGUUCUUCAGUGGCACGCCGAAAAGUACCCUGGUGCAGCGGGGAAUUAUGCCAUUAUUGUCUUCCCAUAUCUCUUCUAUAUCUUCUUCAACAUCAGUUGGGGCGUCGGUUCGUGGACAUAUGCGAGUGAAAUCUUUCCGGUGACGUACAGAGCCAAGGGCAAUGCACUAUCGACGAUGAGCUUGUGGGCCGGGUGUUAUAUUGUCGCCCAGGCCAGUCCUCCGAUCGGCGACGCCAUCGGAUGGGGUCUGUACAUCAUCUAUUCUGGAAUUUGCGUCCUGGCAUUCAUCUUCGUACGGUAUGCCAUGGUCGAGACUCGAGGGCGCACCCUAGAAGAGAUGAGUCGUUUGUUCGGCAUCGAAGAGAAGCUUGUGGUUCGAAGUGGCAUUGAUCCGGCGGAGGCGUACGGGACAAAGAGCAAGGAUGUUGUCCAAGAGCAGGUAGAGGAAGUCACCAAGUAA